AUGUGUGGUCGAAGAAAAAAAAAUGGAAGGAAGGUGAAGAACAAUAUGAACAAGGCUCGACCUCAUGGUGGAGGGAUGACUAGGGCGAGUUUGGAGUAUUGUGACGAGGAACAAAAAGUCAAUCGUCGGAAAGAAAAGUUGCAAAUUAAGAUUAAUAAUGAUCAAACUACCAUGUCCACCGAGAAGGAGGACAAGGCAAGUCAAUCCAGCACCUCGUCUAGCAAAGCAACUGAUGAUCACCGCAUCAAAAAGAACAAUAAGAACAAGGAUGGCCCUCAUGGUGGAGGGAUUACUCAGGCGAGUUGGGAGGAAUUAAAUGAGGAGCAAAAACUAAAUCGUUGGAAAGAGAGGUUAAAUAUUAACAAUGAUCAAGCUGCCAUGUCCAAGAAGGAAGACAAGGCAAGUCAAUCCAGCACCUCGUCUAGCAAAGAAACUAAUGAUCACCACAUAAAGAAGAACAAUAAGAACAAGGAUGGCCCUCACGGUGGAGGGAUUACUCAGGCGAGUUGGGAGGAAUUAAAUGAGGAGCAAAAACUAAAUCGUUGGAAAGAGAGGUUAAAUAUUAACAAUGAUCAAGCUGCCAUGUCCAAGAAGGAAGACAAGGCAAGUCAAUCCAGCACCUCGUCUAGCAAAGCAACUAAUGAUCACCACAUAAAGAAGAACAAUAAGAACAAGGAUGGCCCUCAUGCUGGAGGGGUGACUCAGACGAGUUUGGAGGAAUGUGAUGAGAAGCAAAAAGUUAAUUGUUUGAAAGAGAAGUUGCAAAUUAAGAUUAAUAAUGAUCAAACUACGAGGUCCGAGAAGGAGGACAAAACAAGUGAAGCCAACAUCUCGUCUAGGAAAGAAAAUGAUGAUCAACACAUCAAGAAGAAUAACAAGAACAAGGAUGGCUCUCAUGCUGGAGGGGUGACUGAGACGAGUUUGGAGGAAUGUGCCGAUAACGAGAAGUUGCAAAUUAAGAUUAAUAAUGAUCAAACUGCAAGGUCCAAGAAGGAGGACAAAACAAGUCAAGCCAACAUCUCGUUUAGCAAAGAAAAUGAUGAUCAACACAUCAAGAAGAACAACAAGAACAAGGCCCGUCCUCAUGCUAGAGGGGUGACUCAGACAAGUUUGGAGGAAUGUAAUGAAGAGCAAAAAGUUAAUGGUUUGAAAGAGAAGUUACAAAUUAAGAUUAAUAAUGAUCAAACUACAAUGUCCAAGGAGAACAAAACAAGUCAACCCAACAUAUCGUCUAGCAAAGAAAAUGAUGAUCAACACAUCAAGAAGAACAACAAGAACAAGGAUGGCCCUCAUGCUGGAAGGGUGACUCAGACGAGUUUGGAGGAAUGUGAUGAGGAGCAAAAAGUUAAUCGUGUGAAAGAGAAGUUACAAAUUAAGAUUAAUAAUGAUCAAACUACAAUGUCCGAGAAGGAGGACAAAACAAGUCCAACUAACGUCUCGUCUAGCAAAGAAAAUGAUGAUCAACACAUCAAGAAGAACAACAAGAACAAGGCCCGCCCUCAUGGUAGAGAGGUGAAGUUGCAAAUUAAAAUUAAUAAUGAUCAAACUACAAUGCCCGAGGAGGAGGAGGAGGAGGAUAAGGCAAGCCAAGCCAGCACCUCGUCUAGCAAAGCAACUAAUGAUCAUUUCAUUAAGAAAAACAACAAGAACAAGGCCCUCCCUCAUGGUGGUGGGAUGACUCCGGCGAUUUUGGAGGGAUGUGAUGAGGCGCAAAAAUGCAAUAGUGGGAAAGAGAAGUUGCAAAUUAAGAUUAAUAAUGAUCAACCUAAAAGCCUCAAGAAGAAGGACAAGGCAAGUCAAUCCAGUACCUCAUCUAGCAAAUCAACUGAUGAUCACCACAUCAAUAAGAACAAGGAUGGCCCUCAUGGUGGAGGGAUGACUCAGGCGAGUUUGGAGGAAUGUGAUAAGGAGAAAAAAGUCAAGUUGCAAAUUAAGAUUAAUAAUGAUCCAGCUAUAAGGUCUGAGAAGGAGGACAAGACAAGCCAAGCCAGCACCUCGUCUAGCAAAGCAACUUAUGAUAAUCUCAUCAAGAAGAACAACAAGAACAAGGCCCGCCCUCAUGGUGGAGGUGCGAGUUUGGAGGAAUGUGAUGAGACGACGCAAAAAGGCAAUCAAAUUGAUCAAGCUCCUACAAGGCACGAGGAGAAGAACAAGAGGAGGAAGACGAACAUGGAGAAGACGACGACGACCCACCCUCAUGGUGGAGGGAUGACGCCAUGCCAAGCCAGCACGAGCUCUUCUACUAGAACAUAUAAUGAUGAUGAUUAUCACCACAUCAAGAAGACGAUCUGCCCUCGUGCUGGAGGGAUGAUGCCAUGCCAAGCCAGCACAAGCUCGUCUAGGCGGUAUAGCACAACAACUCAUGAUGAUGAUGAUGAUGAUCACCACAUCAUGACGAUCCGCCCUCGUGGUGGUGGAGGAGGAGGGAAGACUCGGGCGGUUUUGGAGGCGUUUAAUAAGGGAGCUGAUUUCAUACUUAAAGGCCUCGCCGGAUCAACUUAA